AUGGAUCCAAAUAGUUCACCUGGACCUGAUGGUUUUCCAGGUAGUUUCUAUAGAUUUUCAUGGGAUAUAAUUUGUCAAGACUUGAUAGAUGCAAUACAGUACUGUUGGAGAUGUAUAUUUAUACCAAGAGGAAUGAACUCCAGUUUUAUUUUCUUGUUGCCUAAAGUGGCUGGAGCCAAAAGAACAGAACAAUUUAGACCAAUUGGAUUGUCCAAUUUUUGUUUUAAAAUCAUCACAAGGAUUAUAACAACAAGAAUACAUGCAGUACUUCACAAGGUGAUAUCCUAUCAGCAAGUUGCUUUUAUAAAAGGAAGGAAUAUUCAAGAAAAAAAUGUACUUGCAUCUGAGCUGGUGAAUGAGAUGAAUACAAAUAGAAGAGGAGGUAAUAGGGCUCAGACAGGGAGACCCACUCAACUCAUUAGUGAAACUGCAAAAGAAGAACUUCUCUCAUCGAUCAAUUCACUUUCUCCCAUUUUAUUUGUGAUAGUUGAGGAGGUUUUGAGUAGAAAUAUAACAAUAAUGAUUCAAGAAGGGUUAAUACAAACAAUGGUCAAUAGAAAUGGAUGCCAGCCAUCUCAUCUAAUGUUUGUAGAUGAUAAAUUCAUAUUCUUCAAUGGGCAUAAAAGAACAUUGGAUAACUUAACGGAUUUUCUAAUGAGAUAUCAGGCAGCAUCAGGACAGACAGUUAAUAGAGCAAAGAGUAAAUGCUUUGUGGUGGAGUUACAGAAGACAGAAGACAUGUAA